CACAGAUCUUCGAAACCGCGAACGACUGCAGGGUUGUCGUCGGCCCAAAAUGACUCCUGGUGAUGUUAUAGCGACCGUCACUUAUGUUUGUUUGGUGUUUUCUUGCGCUUCGGUGUCUUUGAGGAUUGUGGUUAGGCAUAAAUGGCUGGAUCAUGGGUUGAAGUUGGAUGAUUGGUUGAUGAUUGUGGCAUUGGCAGUUUAUUCGAUAUUCUGCGCCGUCAUUAUCGCAUUCACUGUGGUCGAAAACCGCAAUCCAAUCUUGAAGGAGUCGAGCGCCGACUUGUUAUUACUAUUGCUUGCCAUAGGAGAAGCCUUGUUUAUGGUGACAUCCAUCGCCUUCAAAACUUCUCUAAUGAUCUUCUUCCGCCAAUUCCUUCUCGAACGCAGACAACGUUAUCUGGUCACUUCAAUCACAGUUUUCUACUGCGCCAUCUCUGUAUUGGCCUUCUUCCUCGCUCUGGUUCCCUGCGGCACAUUGAGCCACCUGGCCAGGAAAAGAGUUGAGAGAAAGUGCAUUCCCACAAACGUCUGGAACGGGCUUCUCUACACUCACGGAGCCGUUUCAGCACUAUCGGAUUGGGUCUUUGCGCUACUACCUAUCCUGGUCCUUUGGAAAUCGUCUAUGCCGGCCAAGACGAAACUGGGAGUGACUUUGCUGAUGGUGUUUGCGGUUUGUGGAUCUUUAUGCGCGGUGCUGAGAACGAUAUAUACCGGAUCUCUGCACUUCGACGCCCGCUACUACGACGUAAACCACAAGCCGAGUUACCAACACGUUACCGCUUUGGUCAUCAACAUGGCUGUAUUGGAGAUGGGGAUCGGGAUUACGGCGGCGUCGGUGGCGUGCCUGAUGCCCUUGUUUAGACGUUGCGCGGGAUGGUUCCAGCGGCGUCUGGCGACGAGGUCUCGUCAGAGCGACAUCCAAGGCAGGCGCAAGGAUGGGGUCUCGACUACCUUGGGCGAAACGAACUCUGAUCACUGGAGGAAGCCCAGCUUUGUUCGUCCUGAUGUCGCAUCAUUCCAGUCUGGGAACCUGGACUUGAAGUUGUUCGGUGUCCUGCCUUCGGUAGAUCCAAUGACGGGAGAAGAUAUCUGCGGAGAUUCUCUUGCGGACGAUAUGCCUUGAUCAGAAAGCCAGGAUUAUCAGCGUUGAAUGGUGUAUGGAAGGUGAGCAUCGAUCUAUUGUAUACGAUUGAAAAAGACACGACUAAUCAUC